AUGCUGGACAAUGUCCUGGGACGAAGCAUCCUAAAGCUAGGCAACCCUGACAUCAUGCAGAUGCAUGCGCGCAUCAGCUAUUUUAUUUCUGCUCAUGGCAUCUGCCAUAUUCCGAAUGCCAUUAUGCUGAAUGGUAUGGCGGCCUUACCUGCACAUCCGCACGUGGUCCUGGCUGGGGACGCACGGCUCGGGGCUGUUUUCCGUAUCGACACAGACACAGGGAACGUAGGGAUUGCCUUCAAAGACCCCUUGCUCACCGCACCUACCAAUGCAUCCACCCCGAUUGGUGUGAACGGGCUGAAGAUUGCCGGCGAUUAUAUGUACUUUACUAAUACCGCAAGGGAGAUCUUUGCGCGGGUACCCAUUGACGGGUUUGGACAAAAGACUGGCGACAUCGAGGUGAUUGUGGCGCUCAAUGAUGCGGAAUCAUAUAAUUGGGACGAUUUCGUGGUUCUGGAAGAUCUUAAUGUGGCGUACCUUGCGCAGCCGGAUAAUGCCAUUGCCCAGGUUUCACUCGAUGGAGAGCAAAAGAUUAUUGUUGGAGGAGGAGAUGAUGGUACGACGCUGGUAGGAACGACAUCGCUGGCAAUCACACAGGAUGGAAAGACUCUCUAUGCCACAACUCGAGGGGGCACCGUAGAUGGAUCUGUGUAUGGUGGGCAGGUUGUUCGGGUUCAGCUAUAA